AUGGCGCUAGGUAGGCGCUUGGGCGCACCGCAGCGGUCGUCACAGACCACGCUGGAAUCCACGACGGUGCAGGUUCAACAGCAGCGACGGCGGUCAGGCGGGUGCAGCCUCCCGUGGCGAGGCGCCCCUGCUGUUGGAGAAGGUCGCGACGGGCUGGUGUCGUGCCCGUGGCGAGGCGACCCCGCACUAGAGAACGUCGCGGCGAGCGGCCCCACGCUGGAGAAGGCAAUCGACGGCGACGCGAUGGAAUCUACCGCUGCGGUUGAUGGCGUGGUGCGGGGGUGA